AUGACGGUCAGGAGCGCAACCGCGCCAUUCAAUAUCACGAAUAGAGCACCGGCUCCUCCCGCCCCUCGCGACACGCGCGCCCCGCAUUCCUAUGGACAGGCACGUGCAGGUAGGUGGAUAGGAGAGCCGCGGCGGCGGCGGGGGGGGAGUGUUGGGGAGGGGGGCAAGCAGAAGCGAAAUGGCGCGAGUCGGUGGAAGGGGCGCGUAUGCUCUAUUCUCUCUCGCGCGCGCACACAUUGCGAAAGCGGGGCUGGCCGCUCCGGAGUACUUUUGACAACUGAGGGGACCUGAGAGGGGGGAAAGUCUUCUUCUCGCUCUGCCGUUUUGGCGGGAGGGGGCGGGAAGGCGGCUAGCGUUCAGACGAGAGAGGUGUGUGCGUGUGUGUGCGUGUGUGUGUGAGAGAGAGAUAGGGUACUUAUUGAAUGGGGGAAGGAGGCGAUAUGGGUGAGGAGCGUCUCCCCCCCCCCAAAAAAAAACCCCAAACAAACAAAUAAACACUGUGUCUCUGCGGUGGCCUCCUUGGAAAGCUCGAGCUCUCGACCCCGCACUUAACGAGGGGACUUGUAUUGACCGGCAUUUAUUGCGCGAGCAAGUUUAUUAGAGCAUGAAAGGAACGAAGCGUUUGGCUCUCUUUCCUCCUCCUCUAGCGAAGGGGGAAAAGCAGAGGCUUCGAAGACGCGAGUCGAGAGAUGGCUGAAUUCAGAAGUGGGCCCGGAGCGCGCGAGGCAGGACGGGCAGGUGUGUCGCGGGGGUCGUGGGGAAAGCGCGUUUUCUGUGGGGUUGGAGGGAACGGGGCCGCGCGCGUUCGGGGAGGAAGCGUCGCUGUGCGUGGCUGGAGUGGAGUAUGGCGUGGGGUCUUCAGUUAUUAGCGGGCGCGUUAUCAGCCUGGAUAGCGCAGUUGGCUCGAGCAGGGUGCUGGUGACUCCAAGGUCGCAGGUUCGAUCCCCGUAUGGGACAACUGCGCAUUUCUUCGUUGCAGCGGGUUGGACUAGAUGAUCCUCAGGUUCAUGUAACAAUCCUAUGUUCUAUAUAGUAUUUAGUAAGAAAGCUGGGGCAAGGUGUGGCGGGACAGGAGGAUGAAGUGUCUCUCUUUGAGGCAAGCGGCGCCCUGCUAUACAUGCCUACUCAGAAGUAAGAGCCAUCGAGCUCAACCUCUCUUGCACCCAGGUAAGUGGGUGAAGGACUCUUCCCACUCGGAAAGAGCUCACCCACUUCUGUUUAAUACGGAUCCGCACUAGCACACGAGAAUCGUUAUGCCCUGGUCCUGGAAUUUCCUCGUGCAGAAAUCAGCCUUUCUUUACUUUGACCUAAAAAGACGAAAAGGAGAAGCAGAAAGGAGGGGUGGGGGGCAAGAAGAGCUACAAGGAAAAGCUUUCUGCUUUGUUAAGUGGGGAGGGGGGAUACUUCAUUUCUCUAUAGAGUCUCUAGUUGGUUGGAAGUUUUCUCUCUCGCGCGCUUCUCUUGCCGGGUGUCGCACGUUUGCUUUCGGCUUGUUCCCUAACAGUAGAAAGGCUGUAGAAAGGUGUCCCUCUUUGAUUUUGGUAGCAAAUGCAUCCAUUACAGUCCUCUAAAGCACAAUUCUAUAAACACAUCGAACUCCCUGAAGCUUACUUCUGAGUGGGCAUGUACAGAAUUACGGCGUUCAUGGCAUAAGUCAAAGCCAGGCACUGCUAGCAGAACUAAAGGCUUAGAGUCCUAGCAAGAAGUUCAAGGGAGAAAAUGCUUUCCUUCUCUCUCUCUCUCUCUCUCUCUGCUUCACAUUUACUUUCCCUGCAACAGAAGGGGAGCAUGGAAAAGUAUUAGCACCCUUCUCUCAGUAAUUCUAAAUUCCAGUUAGUUUUUCAUCCCGAAUUAAGGUGAUAUUCAAGUGACAAAUACCGAAACCUCUGUUAACAGAGGCCCUGAUGUUAUCUCCUAGGAUGCUUUCACUAUUUGCUCACUCUCUUUAUACAUGGGCGUAGCCAAGGGGGGGGGGCAGAGAGGGGCAGCUCCCCCAUCAAUAAAAAUACAUAGCUAACUGAGGUUCUGCCCCCCCACCAAACACCCAUGUUGUCUUAUCAACGUUUGCAGAACAUUAUAUGUUGCAUCCAGAGCAUUCACUGAGCGUUCACCCUUAGUGUUUGCAGGGGCAAAAGUGGUUGUUAAUUGAGCAUGCAUUCUGCUUUGUUUUGUGGGAACGUUAGAGAAUGUUGCCUCAGUCAAGUGUUAUACCACACUUUCCAAUGCAUUUCCCUGUCACUUUCCUUGUUGCAGGAAGUUGGACCAUUUGGGGAAGUGAUUUGUUGUGCAAGACCUCCAAAUCAACUUUAGCUGCAUAGCCUGAUAAAUGUUUUCUGAUAAAUUAUUGAAUCCCACCUGAAAAUUGCAAUGGUCCGGAAGUGCCCUCAGUCUGAAAAGUGAUAGUUGGUAAACGUGUAUGUAGUAUAUUCUCAUAUCUUUCUAUGAAAGCUGAUUAGCAGAAUUUCACCUUCCCCCAAGAUCCACAUAUUUUAGUCACCUUCGCUAACUCUGAAGUCAUCUCUCUUUUGCCCAGAGUUUCUGGACCAGAGUUUCUGGUGAAAUGGGCUCUUGUCCACAAAGUUUAUGCCACAAUAAAUCUGUCUUUUAAGUUUCCACAGUAAGCUUUGUUGUUUUUAUAUAAGCUCUUGCUAUUGACUCUUAACAAUAAAGUUACAUUAGUAAGGAAACAAAAAGAGUAGAUGAAACAAUGUAUUUUCAUCCACUUUGUGGCUCUCAUUCUUGUGGGCUCUACAUGGCUACAAAUAUUUGUAUGUUUUUGAAGAAAAAAAGUAUGAGUCAUAUUUACAUUUUGGCACUGAUUCUGUAUAUCCUUUUGGAUUAAAAUUCAGGAUCCUAUUUAAUGUGUUUGUUUACAAUACAGAACUGUAUUGCUUUAAAUUAUUAGGCUCUCUGAAGUGUAGUAUAAAAGUAAAGCAGCUUACUGAACUGGUUGUCAUACUUACACGCUAAUUGCAAAGAGACAAGACUUUUAAAACUAGAUAUACAAUAUAAGUAAUAGAAAAAAGUAUGCAAAUAACAGUUAUGUUGUUUGGGUUGCUGUUUAAUAUCUUAUGAGCCAUGGAUUUGUUAUUUGGGACACUUUCUGGAACCUAGCCAAACAGGUAUGUAAGAUAUUUUGUUUGUUUUAAGCACAGUAGCUGAAGGAUAUGUGUGGCAAAAUAUUAUACCGAGAAAUGGAGUCACUAGUCGUACCUUAGAAGUCUAAUGGAAUCCGUUCCGGAAGUCCGUUCGACUUCCAAAAUGUUCAGAAACCAAAGUGCGGCUUCUAAUUGGCUGCAGGAAGCCCUGCUAGACAUUCAACUUCCAAAAGAAAGUUUGAAAACCGGAACACUCACUUCCGGGUUUCAAUUGUUCAGGAGCCAAUUUGUUUGGGAUCCAAGGCAUUCGAGAUCCAAGGUAGGUACGACUGUACUAGAAUGUUGGAUUCCAGCACCAGGGAGACCUAUGUUCAACUCCCUUGCCCCCAUCAAAUUCACUGCAUGACCUUGGGCCAUUGACUAUAACCUUCUCCAGGUAUUUUGUUUCCAUGUUAACAAGUAAGGCAGGGAUGAAUGCGCUUGCUCUGAUCCACAUCACUGUCUCUCUUGGUGAAGAUUCAAAGCAGGAGACAGUUGUACUCAAGGAGGCUCCUUAUGUCAGAUCGUCACCCUCCUCCAACUUGUGGAGGGCAACAGAGCUAGUGCAUUCAUUCUCACAACCCUCUUCGCGUCUUAACUGAAUACGGAAACAUUAAUGCCUGAAGAAGACUUACAUCUCAGCCUAAUAUGCACCAUAGGGUUGCUGCGAGUAUAAUGUAAGGGGACAUUAUGCAUGCUGCUCUGUUUUCCUUGAAGGAAGGGCAGGAAAAGAAUAUGACAAACUCAGUGAGUAGAUUCUUCCAUGAUAAAUAGAACACUUUCUUCAUUUGGCAUACACCUGGGGUAUACAUUCAGUUGUUUCUUUUAUUUGAACUCAUAUUGGCUCCUCCAAGCUUUGAGCAAGCAGCUCUUCAAGCCAACUUCCAGCAUCACUGAUUUGAAACUCUGGUAACUACAUCUAUAUCUCACAACUUAUUUCCCAGAACAGACAGCUGUAGAACAUAUGAGAUACUGUCUUUUAUUAGAUUAACCAACCUGUCCAAAGACACAUUAGAAUUUUGAGUUUCACUGAAUUCUUCAUCAGGCAAAAAAGGGCAUUCGGAGCAUAAAAGUUUGGCUUAGCUCUUGGUUUAGACCUCUGUUUCUGAAGAUUAAAGUUUAGCAUGGCUAGAAAUUAGAUUACGUUUGGCUAGUGAUGGGCACCUUUUAUGAGUUCUCAAAUUACAAACUUGUAAGGUUCAUGGAAAGUCCAAGUAAAACAGCACAAUAUGAAAUAAUGUUCACCUAAAGUUAUCAAAGUUUUUGUGAUGGCACACACAUUCUUUAAAUAAUUGCCUAGCCAUUUGCCAAAUGUCCAUCUCAGCUAGCAAAAACUCUUUGUGUAACUCUUCCAACAUUAUACGUUAUUGUUAUUUAUUUAUUUAUUACAUUUAUAUUCUGCCUUCCAUCCAAGGAUCACAGGAUGGUUUACAAUAUAAAAAACAGAAAAUACACAACAUAAUUACAAAUGAAACAAUGUAUAAUGACACUGUCUUUAAAUAUAGUAUCAGAUUUGACUGGAAGAAUCACUUGACUUUGCUACCAUUUCAUAAGUUGUUGUGAUCAAAUGUACUUUAUUAUGGUUUGCUUUAAAAAUUCCUCUUGAUGUUACUUUAAUUAGUUUCUUCAAAGGAGCAAUGGAGCAAAUUUUAAUUGAGCAGAAAACUGACAAGUUAUAGUAAUUUGAUGCCUUGCCAUAGCCUCCCCCACUUUUUAACUACAUACUAGUCAUAAUGAGCCUAAGAGACAGGAUCCAGUCUUUGAGAGUAGUUUACUGCUUUAUGCAAAAGCAAACUUGGAUUUGUCAUAAGAAUGUAGCAGAAUAUAUUAAGAAACAUGUCAGAGAGGAUGCAAUUAGAUAAGAAAGAACCUUAAAACACAAUUGUAUGUAAUUUGGGUUAUAAACAUUGAUGCUAAGUGAGUGGGAAGCCAUUAGUUUUGUUGAACUGGAAUAUGAUUGUUGAGUAAAUGUAAAUUUCUAUAUAGGGAAAAAUACUAUUUUUUAAAAAAGAAGAAUCAAUGUAUUUAGCAUUAACUCUGGAAUUUUGUACUCAAUUCUGAUGAAACUAAGCCUCCUAGGAGUCUUUUGCUCUAGGCAGUUUAGUUUGGUGAGAAUCAAGUAUACACUUCCAGAGUUAAUGCUAAAUGCCUUACUUCUGGUAUAUGAGCCACCAUAGCUUCCAGAGGGCUGUAAAAAAUUGUGUCCUGGGCUUUUUAGACCUGUCUAUCCAUGUACUGGGAUGCGGGUGGUGCUGUGGUCUAAACGACUGAAGCUAGGGCUCGCCGAUCAGAAGGUGGGUGGUUCGAAACCCCCACAACAGGGUGAGCUCCUGUUGCUCGGUCCCAGCUCCUGCCAACCUAGCAGUUCAAAAGCACACCAAAAAUGCAAGUAGGUAAAUAGGUACCCCUCUGGUGGGAAGGUAAACAGCGUUUCUGUGCGCUGGUCUGGUUUCGCCAGAAGCAGCUUAGUCAUGCUGGCCACAUGACCUGGAGAAACUGUCUAUGGAAGUGGACAAAUGCUGGCUCCCUUGGCCUGUAAAUCAAGGUGAGCGCCACAACCCCAGAGUCGUUCACGACUGGACUUAAUUGUCAGGGGUCCCUUUACCUUUACCUCUCUAUCAGGUCCGCAGUGAUGCUGUACAAGGAUGCCUGUACAACCUGAAUAAAGUUCUCUACCCUAAAGCAAUGUGCAUUUGGCUAAAGAGAAAGGCAGACUAAAGAGAUGCAAAAGAGGAGACACAUCUUGACUGAGAUCAACAUAAAAUGACCUGUGAUAGGAGAAGAUGCAUGAACUUGCAGCACCCUUCCGUCUCCUAUGAAUGUGAAAAGGGCAAAAUCGUCUCCUUCCCUCCACAGUCAUCAUGCAGUGUUAGCCUUUCUAGCCAAAAGUGUAAGAAAAAUUAGCAAUAACCAAAACAAUUUUAUUAUUUGUACCCUGCCCAUCUGACUGGGUUGCCCAGCUUCCAGUAUAUACAGAAACAUAAUAAAACAUAAAACUAAGACAUUAAAAACAAAAAAUUAUUUCAUGCAUCCUUGGCACAAUACCACUGUACUCUGCACUCUAUCAUACAAUACCUAUGUAAUAGUGGUCCAAAGUUAACUGACAAACUUUUCAUCAAAUGACCUUGGAGCAACAGCUAUUUAAUUAUAAUUCUAUUGACCUUUGUUCAAAAUGUUGAUUUUUUUGUGGGUAAAAGAAAAAAGGAAAUCAGCCAUAUUGAAUGAAUUAUUCUGUAAGGCAGAAAUUAUCAUGUAUCUGUGCUCAAGUAUGUUUCCUUGGUAACUAAUAUACUACACAGAUUCCAUAAUGAGUUGCUCAGUCUGCUAGCAACUGUGCAUAUUGCCUUGCUCAGUAAUUGUGUCUUGAAGUGAGUACAAGGUCUUGUUUAUAUGACUAUUCAAACACAUGCUAUCAAAGAUAAAUUACACUGAAAAAUGGAAAUCUUCCACCUACGGGACUAUAUUUCUGGUAUAUACAGAGUGAUAUAUUGUAUAAAAGUUCCUGUGUAAAUAAUGCAAAAUAUUUAUUCUGCUUGAGAGAUCUUGCAUCUAAAGGUAUAAGCUCAUACAUAAUAUGUACUGCUCAUGCGCCCUAAGCCUGCAGUACAAUAAGAUCAUAAUUCAUUGGAUUCAGUUUCUAUGUGCAAUCUGAUCCUAUGUGCUUUUACUGAGAAGUUAACCCCAGUGAGUUCAGUGGUGGAUAACUCAAUGAAAAUGUCAACUCAUUGUGUGGCAGUGGGUGGGUGAAGAAGCAAAUUCCAUGCGAGGGAUUAUUAGGAAAGGGAUUGCAAAUAAAACUGUUGCUGCCUUAAUGCCUUUACAUAAAUCUAUGGUGCAACGACAUUUGGAAUAUUGUGUACAGUUCCUGUUGCUUCAUCUCAAAAAGGUUAUUAAAUUGUACAGCUUGAGAAGGUGAAUUGAAAUGAUACAAGGCUUUAACCCCCUUGCGUACAGGGAAAGGUUUAUGCUUUUUUUGACUUUAUAGUUGGACUGUGUGUGAGAGAGAGAGGGGAGAUAAUAAAAUGAUACAAGUGUAGAGAAAGUACAUAGAGAAAAGCUAUCCAGCUCUUCCCUGACAUAGCCCAAGAUGCAUGAUAGGGGCAGCAGAAUAAGAUGGAACGCUGAAAGACAUAGGAAGCAGCUAACCUGUUGCAGUGGCAGCGAGUUGUUAGCUUCCACAGUUGACCAUGUUCCUGGAGCCAUGGGAGAAUAGCUCCACAAGCAAUAGUCUUCUCAGAAGCAAAGACCUACUCAUGUCCUAGGCAGGUGUGGUUGGAAAUCAUAAUAUGAAAGGAAGAGGAGGGAUGAGGCCAAGGGAGGAGUUUGAUUGCUUAGGGAGGCUACCAGGACCUAGCUGCCUGAAGAAGCCAAUGCUGGUUGCCUGGCUUCCCAGAAGAGCUGACCUCAGGCUCUCCUAGUAAGAGAUCGCGUCUGCUCUCUUUUGUUGACCUCUUCCUGAGCGAGCCAACUGGUACUGCUUUUAAAAGUGCGUCUAAAGACGACAGUAUCUCACAAGCUGAGAUCCAUUUUUUUCUGUGCGAUUAGUGUUUGAAGGGGAAAAAAUGAUCCUACCAUCACCAUUGCCAUGGUAUGGUGAAGCAGUCAUGCAUCAUCUUGCCUCCUCCUGGUACAGGUUAGAGUUUUCUACCAUCUACUUGAGCAUCUUAGUAGAUCAAGGACUUACCCAGAAGCAGAGGAAUACAAGAAAAGUGCCUAGGACAGAUUAGAUCCACAGUAAGAGACUUUCUCAUUCCACAGGUCAGUCAGGCUAUUGAAAGAGCAGCUGUUGUCAUAACCAGGAAGCUGCUUCCACAUAAUGUUCUGGCAACCAAUUGAAUCUUUAUGUCUCAGGAGACAGAGUUCAUCCAAAUUAGCCAUCCAUCCUUACAAAGAUUUGGGAGCCUUUACUAGGUAAUAAUCAGUUCAUCAGUGAUCUUUGUCAGAAUUCCUAACUUGUCCCUGAUUUACAAUGCCACACAUACAGUCACAGAUGAACUAGCUGCAUUUUGCACUGGAUACUUGGCAAAGUGGUAGUAUCUUUGUAGGGUGAUAUGAUGCUAUAUCCUGCUCGUCCUUCUCUGUGAUGGUUGGAUAUUGACUGGAACUGGUUUGGCCAGAUGUGGUCUUCCUUAUCAUCCAGCCAGGUUUCAGUAAUGCAUGCCAAAUCAGUAGCUUUAUCCUGAAUGAAAUUGGAUAACAGAUGUCUUGUUUGGCAGGAGCCAAUUAUACCUCCUCUGUAAAGCGAAGGUGAAAAAAUAUUUGCUCAUAUGCUUGCAAGCAAUUACAUUGAUUUGGAAUGCCCUAGUAUGGGUUCAGAACUGCCAUAGAUUUAGUACUUUUUUCACUCUGACAUAGCAUUUGGAAUCCAUGCAGUUCCAACAAAAUAUAUGUAGUUAUGUCAUGUUUCCUCCCUGCUGCAAAUUUGUUUGCAGUUCUCACCAUGCCUCCGUUCCAGCUAGCGUCUUGCUAAAUAAACUAUUCUGAAGCAUUGCAUUGCAUUCUAAUACGCCAAUCUGCAGAAAAUUAAGGUUGGCCACCUUCUGGGUGCAAUCAAAGAGAACUCUCUGGCAUAGGAUAAUGUACGAAGUGGAAUUUUAUUUUUAUAUUUCCCUUUGGCAUGAAAAAUACUCCAUUAUGCCAAGCUUGUGUUUUCUGAACCAGCUAUGCAUGACAGCAGUAGAGCUUCACUCUAAUACAGAAACAGAAACAUUUGUAUGGGAGGUUGUUAUUCAACAGGGUCUUAAUUUACAAGAAACAUGUUACACUUUAAUUGAGCCCUUUUCAGCAAGCUGCACCUGCUUUUACAGACACAUCUUGUGUGCAUAUGUACAAUUUCUGAAGGACGGUUAAAAUCUGUUCGCUUUAAUCAGAAGCCAAGGCCAAACAGAAAUGCUAGUACUGUAUUAUAAAGAUGGUAUUAUUACAGUGGUACCUCAGGUUACAUACGCUUCAGGUUACAUACGCUUCAGGUUACAGACUCUGCUAACCCAGAAAUAGUACUUUGGGUUAAGAACUUUGCUUCAGGAUGAGAACAGAAAUCGUGCUCCGGGGGCGCGGCAGCAGUGGGAGGCCCCAUUAGCUAAAGUGGUGCUUUAGGUUAAGAACAGUUUCAGGUUAAGAACGGACCUCCGGAACGAAUUAAGUACUUAACCCGAGGUACCACUGUAUAUCUGCUGGGUGACCAUAUUUUAUUAAGUAGAUUGGUUGCUUAAUAAGCCUAGGGUGAUUGGUUGUUCCCCAAAAGGGAUCUAAUGGCAGGAAGGUACUUUCCCUGUCUCUGAAAAGUGAUGCCUUUCAGCUAAUAUGAGGGGCAGAUGAAUGACAACAUUGACUCUUGAACAGGCAGACUAAAAUAAACACCUCUGUUUAUGUUGAGGCGGGCAGUGGACUUGUAUCUACCAGCUGUGUGACUUGUGACUGCUAGCUUCUCCAUGUGGCGUAUUUGGGGCCAAAUAGGAACCCUUCCCCUUGGUGGAAAUGCGCUAGGUGUGUACAUCAGAAUGUGCAGAGGGCUCCUUCUCAUGCUUGGCAAACAUAUGGCCAGCAGAGGAGGGGCCUGGCCAGUGUGUACAUCAUAGAACAGGGGCCAGCAAACUUUUUCAGCAGGGGGCCGGGCCACUGUCCCUCAGACCUUGUGGGGGGGCUGGACUAUAUUUUGGAGGGGGAGAACAAAUUUAUAUGCCCCAUAAAUAACCCAGUGAUGUAUUUUAAAUAAAAGCACACAUUCUACUCACGUAAAAACACUCUGAUUCCCGGACCAUCCGCAGGCUGGAUUUAGAAGGCGAUUGGGCCAGAUCCGGUCCCUGGGCCUUAGUUUGCCUGCUCAUGGAACAGAGCCAAUGUGCAGGUGUAAAAGCAAAUCAAUAUUUUGUUUCUAUACCAAUUGCUCAGUGUAGGUGUUCCCCUAAAAACUAUGAGUGGGAAAAUGCAUAAGUACAAUUAGGGAGUAGGGAGAAAUUCAAUUUUGUCUUCAUUUUAACGAGAAGCCACCUACUUCUUGAAGCAAUACAUGAAUCAAAAUAAGGUUAUCCUUUGGAAUUCACUAAACACUUUUGGACUUCACUGCUUAGACAAGUAACCAGUAUUGUACUGGCUAGUAGACCCCAUAAAGGUAAACUAUUGGGUUUAAAAAACCCAUGUACCGGUAUCUCAAAUUCUGUUGCCACCUGUUCUCUCAACUACUAACAUAAUCGUUCCAUUUAUGUUGUUUUGGCUGAAUGUAGCUUUUGGACAGACAGAAAGUAUAUUUUAACAGUGAUAUUGUCAUGCUGCAAAACUGAAAUGUCACAAGUAAAAGUGAGAUGAAAGCAUACUAAAUUUAUGACCCAGUUUGCACAUCGUUUUAAACCAUAGUUAAUGCUUUACUGUGAAUGCCAAGAUUGCUCCCACUUUAUUCCUUCACCUAUUGUGAGCAGGAGUGACAAACUGUGGUCCCUGGGUUGGAUCCGAACCUGGCAUCAUUGCACAUUUAAGUGAACCAUAGCAUGCUUGGAAACCCAAGAACAAUCUUUGGCUUCACUUUGUGGUUUGUUUUGAGUGAAACAAACCACCAUUUUUUUGUACUUUUACAAACCAUAGGCUUAAUUCAAGCAUGCUGGUAUCAUCUUGUUUCUCAGUGGCCUCUUUUGGGCUACAGUUCUACUGGUAUUCACCAGCUGAAUUUGCUCUUAGUGGAAGUUCAAGCUUACGUAGUGUAACUCUAACCUGGGCAGUAUGACAGCAGUAUGCUGGCAAGUUGUAAGGAAGAGUUUGAAUAGGAAAGUAUGCUGGAAGGCUUGAGUUCUUUCUUCCCUUUGGUAUAUAGGAUAUUGGGACUAGGUCAUUAUUUGGUCUGAUCCAGAAGGGAUUUUCUUAUAGUAUACAGUCGUACCUCGGAAGUUGAAUACCUUGCGAGUUGAACGUUUUGGCUCCAGAACACCGCAAACCCAGAAGUGCGUGUUCUGGUUUGCAAACGUUCUUUGGAACCCGAACAUCCGACGCAGCUUCCGAUUGCAGGAAGCUCCUGCAGCCAAUUGGAAACCACGCCUUGGUUUCUAAAUGUUUUGGAAGUCUAAGAGACUUCCAGAACAGAUUCCAUUCAACUUCCAAGGUACGACUGUAUCUGGUAUAAUGUAGAAUAUAAGACAUUGUAUUAUCAGGUCAAGUUACACUUUCAUACUGAAUUAACUCAAUGCAACACUCAAGUUUCAGUUACAGAUGCUGGGUUUGGCAUUGCUUUAGCAUGUGACUUUAUUCAAAUGUUGUUCUGCUUUGUCCUUAAUUGCCUGCUCAAGCUGUGAAAGUGCAUAGUAAAUUCUGAAAGCUAAUUCACCAAUAUCAUUUUCUCCACAUUCAUAAUUGUAAUGUACAGAGUUUCAUACAGCAUCAGAGCAGCGGAAAUCAAGUUAUAAUAUAUAUUUAGUAGAGAAACAGUUUCUUUUUGUCUUCGGACAGGGUUUUCAGGAGGUUGGCAAAGGAAAAACAACCGUAUCGUUUCCACGUCAUUCAUUCAUUACAAUUAUUUACUGGAAAGUAUUUGAGGGUGGGUGGAAUAGUAUACUCUGUUGCUUUCACAUCUUCCAGACAUUUAGGAGAGGAAACUGAAGAGGCAGCACCUGAUAAACAUGCACCACAUAUAAUAGCAUUACUGGUAAGGACGUUUAAUUCACUCUCCAGUUAUGAGUUUGGUCAGAUGAGUUGCAUUCAGUUUGCAACACAGUAAUGAGUGUUGUGCAGUCUCAAGUAAUCAGUCACAGAACAAAAUGGAUUUUUUUUCAUUAGGUGUGUAUUAUUUUUUGUAUAUGAUGUAAAUGUUCAUCAGACAUCUGAGGCCACUAUCAACUGAAUACUGUGUAUUUUGGUUGCAGAAGCAGAAGAGGUGUUAUUUUACCUUUCUGCACAAAGGCAGGCUCAAAACUUUUCCUGUUGUUUUAGUGCAAUCAUGAACCCUUAAUGGGUUCUUUGAGGUGCAAUGUAGCUUUGAUCUGUUUAUUAAAAAAAUUAAAGCCAGCCUUUCUACUAGGGAUUGAAAGGGUAGUAGUGUUUGGUGAUGCAUGUGCAGUGCUACCUUAAACUGGUAUAUUCAGAUGCAAAGUCCUACUGGAUUCAAUGGUUCUGACUCCCUUGAAGUGUGCACAGGAUUUCAGCCUUCAUCUCCACCCCACACACUAUCCCAAAACAGUUUGCAAAAGGUAAUUGCUCACUGUAUGUAUUCUCAGGGCUUUUUUCAGUGUUCUUCAGAUGGCAGAAUGCACUUUACCAGUCAAUCUGUUUGCAGUCUGUUCCGCACCUGUUGAGCAGGCAGUUGUAGCUGAAGUCUUGCCAUGCUACACUUGGCAAAGCAACCUUUUCCCCAGAAGACUUGCCAAUGGUAGCAGAAUGGUAGUAGAUGACUAGAAGGAAUGCGGUGCUGUGCUAUGGCUUAAGCAAAUGGAAAAUGAAAUCCUUCAUUAAAAUUCUGUAAACUGGAAAGAACAAAAUAUAUCAAUAAAAAUGGUUCACUGUUUAUUAGAUCACCUGCUGGUGAUACUGCAUUGCUACAGCAGUCUCUCCUGAUUUAAAAACAAAAACAAGCAAAACACCAGUAUUAAAAUCCUCUUCUGUUAACGCCAUUACACCGUUGAAGCAACUUAUUUCCCCCCCCCCAAAUUAACCUGCAGUUAGAGUUGUGUUGUAUAUAAAUAGAGGCAGCACGAAUUUUCAAACACUUGCUGCACUGUGUGAGGCAAUAAAACUGAAACGGAACAGUAAUUAAUUCUCACAAGAGCAAAGAACUCGAUAUAAAAUGCAGCUGAGAAGCUUCAAAGGAAAAUAUUUUGGGACUGCAGUGUUAUUUUAUUUGUACUAAGCACAAUGUGAGUUGGCCCCAAAAUGAUGUUCUCUCAAAGUGUGUUCUCAUUAUGAUAGAUAAGGUGUGCAGAGGGUGUGUGUGUCUGUGUGUCUGUGUAUUGCAUCUGUCCAUGGUGUCCCUGUCCAUGUGCAAGCAGUAUAUACAGCAUUUUAUUCAGCAUAGUUCAGGAACAAAGGAAAACAUGUCUGCUUCCCUUCGUGUCCAACAAAACAGUAUAGCAAAAGCAACAUACAACGGAAGUUCCCAGCAGACUGUGCUGGAAAUGUAAACAGGCAUGUGACACACAACAGUUAUGCAUGACCCUUUUAAGGUGGAAUGGAACUAUAUCCUAACAGGCUGGAGUGCUACUUGAGGACAGCACUGUGUUGGGCACUAAACUGGCCCCUUUGAUGACCGCAGUGUUAGGGCCCUGGGUUAUUGGUCUCUGUCAGCUGUGUCCCAUACUGCAACCUACUUACACCCAUCAAGGAAACUGUGCAAGGGAAGCCCCCCAUAGAAUGCAUUGCCAUAACCAGUAUCCAGUUUUACUUGUGGGAUUGCCUUGUUCCACAUGGAGCAUAGCAUGAGAGGGGGUUAAUCCUUAAAGCAGAUUGGGAUUCUGCCCGCCACCCGCCACCCAACAUGCAAACUGCAAGCAUUUCAAUCUGAGUUGAAAAUUUUGCCAGAUUCCCAAAAGUGAAAAUCCAGACACAAAAGUUGUUGAACUUCAAAAGAAAUUUGAAGUUUCUGAGCUAUUUUAAAAGAACGUGGGUUGCCAUGUGUCUGGGUUUCCCCAAACACUUGCGUGAUUUUCGGAAAUUCCACCUGGACGCUAUCUUGGAUAUGUCUGGGGAAACCCAGCCAUAUGGCAGCCCUGCUAUAGGAAGUGAUAGAGGUUUCAAGUCCUCACCCCUCAUGCUAGAGUUUUGAUCCCUAUCAGUUUCUGCACUUAAGGGAACAAACAUGGAGCUAAUAUAUUGCCUAAUUUGUGAUCUAAAAUUGUUUCACUUUGAUAGGGUCAUGCCCAUAGUUAGACGCAUGUUAAGCCCAUUUGAUUACAGCAUGAAUUGCAGCCUGAGUCCAAACAUGCUUACUCAGAAGCAAGCCACAAUGAUUUCAAGUGGAUUUACAUAGGGCUGCAGCCUUGAGCAAGACAACAACAUAUGGAUUGGAUCCUUAAUAUCUUUGCUACAUCCAAAUGCUUAACCAACUAAAACUAAACCUCUGCAGAAAUAAAUGGCUAUGCUGAGAAGUACCUUUUAAAACUUGUUGAUUACUGCGUUUACUAUUUUACAUGGUUCUUUGUGCGAGGAAAACAUAAAUAACACACACACACACACACACACACACACACACGUAAAAUGUGAAGUCAAAUUCAACCGCAAACUUUGGUUCCAGUGUAAAGUUUUCUUGUGUCUCCUCUAGGAACAGAGCUGUUGAGCCUGCACCAUGGAGGACUGCCUUCACACUUCUUCCGAAAACCUUUCCAAGCUGGUCAGCUGGGCCCACAGCCACGGGACCAUAUGCACCCUCAUUCCAAAUCUGAAGCACCUUCUUUCAGAGGGCUCACAUGGCAACCUGACAGCUAUGUGGGGCUGCAGCGCAGGCCAUGCCUAUCACUGGCCCCUGACAGCAACCUGUAGAGCAGGCUCGCAGGAAAGAGUAUGUUUCCAGGACAACAGGAGCUUCAACUCAGACAGCCCCAGCCUCAUGGGCAUGCCCUCGGACACACAAGUCAGCUCAGUGGAACGCUACUCUGGGAGGCCAGGGAAAGCAAAGUUGGACUGCAACAGAACCAGAGACUCCUGUGAUUUCUCUUACUGCAGUGAGCCCUCAGAGUUAGACGAAACCGUGGAGGAAUAUGAAGAUGAAGCUACUCUUUUUGACAUGGUCUGUGAGUCCUCGGUGACAGAUGAAGAUAGCGACUUUGAACCUCGCCCUCAAAGAUCUCAGACCAAUUCCCGCAAAAGGCCAGCCCCGGGCGCCACCUCCCAUUCUCAGGUCGUCGACGAGAACAGCAGCAAUGUGUCCGUCAAAAAAAUCAAGCAAGAACUUCCCGAGGAUUAUUACAUUGUGGCUAAUGCAGAGAUCACCGGCGGCAUCGACGGCCCAGCGUUGUCCUUGACACAGAUGUCGAAACCCAAAGCUCAUCCAGCAGCCUCCUACCCUGUGCCAUCUAAAUCCACCCCUCAUUCGCCACCUUCACUCAUUGCUGAAUAUGAUUUGCAGAACAUCUCUGCCUCCUCCCAGAAGCCUCCCAAAGUAACUCUGGCUUCUCCAAGUAAAGGGCCUGGUAGCAGCCUGGCUGCCAACCCUCAGGCAGCCCUGCAGAUGCCUGCCAGCACUUCCAAUGCUGGCAAGCCGUUAAGCAUUCCUUUAUCAGCCUUGCAACUCCCUGGGCAAGAGGAGCAAGCAGCCUCAGAAGAUGCCCUCCAGCCUGUGCCAAAUCAGGUUCCCAGCGAUGUAGCAUUGUCUCCUUCUGCUAGCACAGAGCCAGAAGUUAGCUCCAGUCAGCAGCACCCAAGCGCAGCUCCCGCCAUCACCACAGAGCCAAUGGCACAGACAAUACCAGGUAUCAAUACUUGGAAUGCUUCUCAUGAUGUAUUGGGGGUUUUUUUUUGGGGGGGGGUAUUUUAAAAUGGGGCCCUCUCAGUGAUGGCUCUGACCUGGUGGAAUGCUCUGUCCCAUGAGACCAGGGCCCUGCAGAAUUUAACUUCUUUCCAGAGGGCCUGUAAGACAGAUCUAUUCCACCUGGCUUUCAACUUGAACUUAGCCUGACCUUUUAUUCCCCUUCCUUCCCUCCCCCUCCCCUUUUUAUGAAGAUUACCCACUCUGGGAUCCCACAGCUAAUUCUCCCCUGCUCUCCUCGCUGGCCCAAACAGGACUAAUUUAGCCAGCUAGCCCUAGUGAUCAAUGUUUAUUGGAUGGAUUUCCCCCCUAAAUUGAUUUUUGAAUUCUGAAUUUAUUGUUAUUCAUGUUUUAUACUGUAUUUUAUGCUAUUUUUUGUUGUUGCAUCAAUUAAGUGUUUUAAAUUUGUUGUUAGCCACCUUGAGCCUGGUUUUCUGAACAGGGAAGGGCGGGGUAUAAAUAAAAAAUUAUUAUUAUUAUUAUUAUUAUUAUUAUUAUUAUUAUUUGAAGGUAAAAGUUUCAGUGCAAGUAUGGAUCAUAUUAUAGGCUGUGCUUUUUCUCUGGCAGUAUGCAUCAGUAUGCAGUACCACCACCUUUGGGGAGGGAAGGAGGAGGGAGGGCUCUUGGACCGUUUCAGAGCAUUGCACCUCCUUCCCGAAGCCUGGGAAGCAUUUGCCCAGCUUAAGGAAGGAGGUGCUAAGCUCUGACAGGACCCCAGAGCCCUGCCACCUCCUUCACAAAGCCAGGUGGGGAAAGCCUCUUCACCUGGGCAGCAGCACCCUAGUAGGUGAGUGGGUGGGCAAGGUAGCAUCAAUCAGCUAACCCGCCUUUACCUCCCAGCCUUGGUGUCAGGCCACACCCCUCCCCCGUUUGCUGGUUCCUCCCCUUGCUUGUUGGUGAGCGCUAGCACUCCCCCCCCGGGGGGAAAAACACUGAUUAUAGGUCACAUUAAAAAAAGAAGAAAAUGUGUUAACAUAUCGGUAAAGAAUAAGUAUGAUGUUUCCUGCAAAGGUAGUUUCCUGCUUGGCAGGGGGUUGGACUCGAUGGCCCUUGUGGUCUCUUCCAACUCUAUGAUUCUAUGAUUCUAGUUCACAAAGAGAUCACUAAAGGGGUUUGUUUACCAUGCCAUGGCACAGACUUCAAUGCGUCAUGACAGUCAAAUACAGUUAAAUGGAAGUAAGACCCAGUGUUUCAGUGGGGCUUGUUUCUGCAGAAUGGCUGGGCCAAGCCGCUGCAUCAUAAAUUGUCUCUUAUGUGGAGGGGGACAUAUGCCUGGUUCUUAGAAGGUGAGCCUUCUGAGAGGGAGGGAUUUUUAUCAGGGCUAGUUCCUGGGCAACCUCUGGCAGUGAUGGGCAGAAAUUGCAACGUGAUGGUGUUCUGUUCCUGAACAGAAAAGACUGCCUUGCAUUUCAUGGAAGGCAAAUGGGAGUCAAGCAGACUUGGUAGGGAACUCCACGAUGAAAGAGUUCUACAGCUCCUACAGAGAAGGCUAGUGAUAGCCUCUUGUCAGACUUCAGGCAUAAUCCAAGCAGGACCCCAGCUAAGCUCUUCUAAGGAACAAGAGGACUAUACAGUACAGGAAGAGGCUCUCAUUCUCAUACUUUGACUUUUGAAGAUCAAAAGCUCUGGGUUGAGCGAUACCAGUGUAUAAACUAAGUGCAACCCAGCAGCACUUAAGGGUUGCUGUAACUGACAUCAAUUGCUAUUGUCCCCCACUCCAAAAAAAGAAAAAAAGGCUACUACAGUAUUAAUCCAUUAAACAAAAUCAACCCCUGUCAUGUUAAAACUAAUGAAGUUACAAUUUGAAUGUUAAUCCAAAAUUUUGUAGGUUUUGUCGAUCAGUAGAUCUAGGACUUCAAUGGCUUAAGCUUGGGGUCUAGCCUAGUGAGUUAUCCAGACUGUAUAUAUGCUCUGAUCCCAAAGCCCUUUUCAGGCAUGGAAGGGAACAGAGAUGUGAUUGGAAAGCUCUAUAAGUUAUUUGUAUUAGGCCAAGCAAUCUGAUACAUAUGCUAGGAGUCUAGAUUUCUGCUCUUGCCUGGUCAAUAGGUUUUCUUCUUAGCUUCUUAUUGGAAAUCCUUUUUAUGAACUAUUUCACAAUUGGUUUCAAUCUAACAUUCUCUAUGUUUUGGAAUGUCAUGAAGUGAAGUUUGAAAUGUGCUUUUCUUUUCUUUGUUUUUUUAAUGUUGCAACUUGACAUCAGAACCUUCUAAAAGUUUUAUUGCCUUUGAACCAAUAGUAUUUUUAAUACUGCAUCUUGUAUAUAGUUCCCUUGUUGUGCAAAGACAAUUGGCAGCAAAAUGUGAGAUGUUUAAAACAGUAGGUGCUUUAUUUGCUGACAAAAGGGAACAUUUCUUUAGAGUAUUUGUAUCUGAAUGUUGCUAAGACUUAGAUUUUAUUGAAUAAAUAGUGAUUCAUUGUAACUGUUGAGUGCUUUUAUAUGGACCUUGCAAUCCUUUAAUGGUAAAAAAAGUUUAUUCAUCCUAAAUAGAAGUCUGGCUAGCCAAAGUCCAUUAUAAACCUUUUAAUGCUGAAAAUAAAAACUUGUUCACCAGUUUUAUAACCUUGGUUAUCUAUGUAGCAAAAAGUAUAUUAAACUUAAACACAGGUUUAAAUUUUGUCCUUUGCAAUCCUCUCUACUCAAAAGACUUACCAAAGGGAAUCCUUCAUAUUCCAGUCCUUUAGCGCUAUGCGUAUGUAAACCAUAGACAACUUACCUUGCAGAUUUUAGAUGUGGUUUGAGAGCAGGGGCAAGAUUCAGAUAGGGCUCCCCCAAGCUUCCUUUUGAUAUAUUUAAAAUUAAAUUAUGAAAAAGACAAGAUUGCAAAGAACAUUGCUUGUGAACAUUCCCUACUUUUUAAUGCCUCAUAAUAACUAUAUUUUCUUUUUUCUUUUUUCAAAUUUUAUUUUCAAUUUUUCAUCAUUAACAUCAUUCAAACUUAAAUUCAACAAUAUUAAUACAAUUGCGGGAUAUUUUCAAUACAGUUGACUUAACAGUGACUUAACAAUAUACUAACUUAACAAUAUAGCACUGCUUAACAGUGACAUCCUUCUUUUUUUAUAAAAAAGGAGAGUGGUUUCUGCCUUGUACAUGGACCCAAUUAAUAUUUUAUAAUAAUAUGCAUGCAGUGUGCAGACUAGCAUGUUGGCUGGAGAAACAGAUACUUAAAGAGGUUCAAACAUAUGUGAUCAGUGGUACAGUUAGGGUAGUUUUUGAUUCUGGGUGGAAUGAUCUUGUAGCCCUGUCUCAACCGAAUGGUCUUAUGAGAACCCCUGUCUUUAGAUGCGAAUGUGUAUUAGUUACUUCAAAAUGUGGUAAAUCAGCCCUACUGCUAUUCAUUCCUCAGGUACAGAACAAGCCCUGUCCUUAUCUGAGUGCACCACUAGAUAGUGAUUUGGAAUGUGCUGGGGCAACAGAGGCUGCAUCUGUUGAAAUUUCCUCUUCUGUAUAACCACUAAAGGUGCACAAGUUUUGUCUUCCAUUGCAUGAGGGCCAGUUGCGUCUUUGAUGCCAGUUGCUGAUCACAAGUGAUGUGAAAAUUUGCUUGCUUGCUUGCAUGAUUGAUAGAAGUACCGUAUAUCAUCUAUCCUAAGCCCCCAGGACUGGGCUAGGCUUUUUGUAGCAUAAAUCUUAACAAACGAAUUAUCAAAACAUACAUGCAUACAUGCGCUGCAGAGAAAGUUACAGAACCUUAACUUAAGAUUCAGAGCUCUCAACCACUACGGCAAAUUGGGCUCUGAUUUUACAUGACAGAAUUUAUAGCUCUUGGCUAAGGCGAUUUCUGCAGAUAGCCUCUAGGGUCACAUCCAGAUGGAAGUGGUCAAAUGAACAAUUAAACUACUGUUGUGGAUUAAUCAGAUGCCCUCUCUCUCUUUCCUGCUUGAAAUAAAGAGGAGUUCAGAGGCCACUGGCCAUUCAGCAUAAAAAAUGGAGCCUAGCUCUGCCGCUGAGCUAAAUAUAACACGAUCUCCUGGCACACCAUUUUCAGUUGAAGAAAUGUCCAAACUUGUGGCUUUAAUGUAAUGUACUGUGUGCCGUUGGGACAGGGUUAGCUACAAAACCAGUGGGUAUAUAUGAGUUCAGACCUGUGGCUACCUGCACACUGCCCAAAAAGAGGAAAUGCAACACUAAAAAAAAAGAAAAGACAAAAGAGAACACCAAUUUGCAUGUGCUAAUUUAUAAGCAUAGGUGCAUAUUUAGAAGUAAUUGCUAUAAUAUAAAGAGAAAGCACAGUACAUUUUCUCUCUCUUCUGGGGAAGACCUGUGUGCCUUUCAGCCUUCUGUGCUGUCUGUUAGGGGGCAACUCCCAGCUCCUGCUGGUCAUCCUUCCUAUGGUUCUUUGUUAUUAAACUGAACCUGGGCCUUCAAAUACAGGGCUCCCUGUACAGAACUGUACUCUGAUGACCUUUCAAUAGAAGGUUCUCCUCUGUAAUGUAGGACAGCUGGUCAUCUUUCUGCCUCAGUUCCAGUGCCGGAUUUACGUAUAAGCCAGUGAUGGCCAAACUUGACCCUCCAGCUGUUUUGGGACUACAAUUCCCAUCAUCCCUGACCACUGGUCCUGUUAGCUAGGGAUGAUGGGAGUCAUAGUCCCAAAACAGCUGGAGGGCCAAGUUUGGCCAUCUCUGGUAUAAGCUAAACAAGCUAUAGCUUAGGGCCCCACUCUCUUGGCCCCCCCCCAAAUUUUUUUAAACCCUGGAUGUACAUUUCCAAAAUAUAAGAUAAGUUCAACAAUUACUUUGAUGAAAUACAUAUUUUGUUAUGUGCAAACGGCUUUAGAUAUCUAUUAGGUCCAUAAAUUACUGUAUACCAUAUAUUCAACACAAAAAACAGCGGCCAUUUGUUGUUGACAAAGGACAGCUGGACAUAUAAAGAGCCCCAUUACCUUCAGUAGCUUAGGGCCUCAUCAAACCUAAAUCCAGCCCUGCUCAGUUCUACACCUUAAAAAAAAUCAAAAUCAAAGGAUAUUUGCAAACCCUGAAGUACUUACUUGUUCAUUGGGCAGGGUGAAGGCAGGAAAACUAGCUGGGAGAGUGCUGAUUGUAUUCUGUGGAUUUGUGAUAAGUCAGAAUGCUUAAAAUAGGCAAUGCUUAAAAUUUAAAAUAUGUGACAUCCCUUUCACAGGGCAGAUGGGAAGAAUUCAGAUUUCAUUUGUUGCAUACUGUUUCCUCUGCAAUGAACUUUCAGAUUUUUGUUUUUGUUUUUGCAAAGCUGAUAGUGCUGGCAGAUUCAUUUGCAGAAAAGGAAUUAUAAAUCAUAUGCUUUACACUCCUUCCUUGCACUGGUGAUCUUUGCUUUAUCCCCCACCCUACCCUGCCCUAUCAUGCUGUCCCUAUCAUGGUGUCCAUCUAUUUAUAUUACUGCCAGUAAGUACUGACAGAAAAAUGUAUGGCUCUGUGUGCUGGGAUUUCCUUAUGGCACCCUGGCAACUGUUUGCUCCCAUACCCAACAAUCAGAGCAUUUGUCUUCCCCACCCAGUACAACAUGGUGUUGCUAGAGCAGAUAUGUUUAUGUGCCAAGUUUCUGUUUUCUUUCCUCUUGCUCUGUAGUCUGGCUCCAUAGAAAUUCAAAUAGACACACUGCUCCCCGGCCUCCUGUAUUGUUUGGGGUUUGUCCUGUGAAGCUCACUUGAUUUAAUUGCAACUCUGGGAAAACAAAUUAAGAGUCACAAAGGUUGGUCUUUGCAUUCUCACUUCAGCUGUGCAUGCAUAUGCUGUUUGUUUUGGCUUCCAUUCACAGAUAUACAUAAACACACACACACAUAUAUAUUAAUUCUGCUGCAUUUUGUCUUCUGGCUUAUGAUGGCUGUCAAACAAUGAAGCCCCAACUAAAUCAUGCAACAAGCCUACUGCCAGUUUUAGGCUUAAACAAAAGUGUGAAUAUUUAUUACAGGAAAGCAAGGAGGCAUCUGAAAACCACACAGCAAAACAGAUUAUGUAUAACAUAAGGCAAUCGUAAAUGUCUCCCUUUCAAAAUGAUGAAUUAAAAACAUCUGAGGUGAUUCCCCCCUCCUCUCCAGAAUUUAAUUAUUCAGUUUGUGCUAUUAAGAGUCCAGAAACAAUUAUGGGAGGAAGGGAGCGGGGAGACGAGCUGAAAAAUAUCCAUUGCACAAUUACGUUGGGGAUAUGCACAAACACUGCCCUUUAACAGCAAGUAUGUAUGAAGAAGAAAAGCUGAGCCAAGUCCAGAGUUAAUUAGAUAAGGAGGGUAAUGGUUAUGGCCAAUGUUCACUAGCACAAUUUAUGAAACUCAGACUGCCACCAAUUUACAUGUUUUGGAUGUUCACAGACAUAUAUAUUUCCACAAUCAACAUGUGUGUGGACUGAUGAAGUCGAAUUUGAAUGGAGAAAACAUGGAUUCCAAGUGAGAUCCAGCUCAAAUGUGAACAAGUCCCAAAAGUGAGGGUAAACAUUGUAAAUAAAUAUACUCCUGGUUGCAUAGAUAAUUAAGAAAUAUAUAAAAGUAUGAAGCUGCAUUAUGCUGUGUCAGACCAUUGUUCCAUCUAACUCAGGGUUUCCCAAACUUGGGUCUUCAGCUGUUUUUGGACUACAACUCCCAUCAUCCUUAGUUAGCAGGACCAGUGGUCAGGGAUGAUAGGAAUUGUAGUAUGAAAACAGCUGGAGACCCAAGGUUGGGAAACCCUGAGCUAGCUCAAUAUCGUCAACAAUGCUGAAACAGCAGCUUUCUCAACUUUCAGGCAGGAGUCCUUUGAAGCCAUACUUGGGUGUGCUUCAGUUUACCUCAGACCUUCUGCAUACAAACCACAAGAUCUACCCCUAAGCUAUGAACCCUAGUUCAUAAACCCACUAAAGAUUAGAAUCUACUCCAGAAAAAGUGCAGCUUUGGUAUUCAGCUGACCAAUGAAAAAGUAGCCCACUGCUCUGCUUCCAGAUCUUUAUUUGUUGUGUUUUUGUUGGGUUUUUGUUGUGAACUGUCUAGAGCUGUUAUAGGGAGAGACAUGCUAUAAAUAUUUUAAAUAAAAUAAAUAAUAGGUCCCCUGGAAAUUCAGAAAUUGCUGAUACUAACAAGUAUCUGCCUGAUCUUGAUGGCAAUGGCUCCUGAUUUUGGAUAUCCUUUAUUCCUGGCAAGGCUUUACCCCCUUCCCCCACCCCAAAUUGCCAACAGCAUUCACUGGAGAGGUUUCUAAGUUUUCAUAUUGUGCCUAAUCAGAAAGAAUGCAAGCUGGGGGAACGGGAGGCACAUUAUUUUUUUAAAGUCAGAAACUUGAUCUGAUGCAAAUUUUGAAAAGAAAACGGGAACAUUCAUGUAAAAGCAGUCUUUUUGUAGCUAUGCUCAUUCCAAGGUGAGAACACCAUGAAAAUGAGAUUCCCUGGGCAGUUUGUAUGGGUUCUCUCUGCACUAUUAGAAGCUGACAGCAAUAGCUCACAUGUUAUAUCUUUACAUCUCCAGUGGAUAUAACACAUAAAUCAGAACAGAGCAUCUGUGAUUCACUACCUUUGGCAAUAUAAGAAAUCCUGCUUAGAGCCUAAGAACUGUGUGGACCCUCUUAUAAGCAAUAUAUCACCUGAGUACUGUCAGGUUCUACAGAAAACUCCAGAGUGUGAUUUACUAUAUUAAUUACAGUCUUGUGGCUUCGUGCUGCUAAGCCUGAAAUUACAACCGCAUUCCAAAGUUGAUUUAAGAAUAUUAUUUGGUUAGGAAUACAGCACAGCUUAUUAUGAUUAAUGUAAUAAAAUAUUUAUUCCAUAUUCUGUUUUUUCUUUGUUUCUCUGUUUAGUGCCCUACUUAGGAGGCCUGUACAAAAGUUGUAGCAUCACAUUACCAAGGCCAGACUGGAUGCGAUGGCAACAAUAUGCGUCUGCCCUAUUCAGGCAUAAAGCAUGUAGUGUAGAGGCAACUCCCAAUUUACACAGGGGUUAUGUUCCAAGGCACUGUGCAUUUAAGUGAAAUUGCUUAUAUUUGAAACACCCCUGAAAAGGCCUGCUAUAUACUCUAUAACAAGGUUGAAAUCAGUACCAAUUCCUCUUAUCCUUCUCCCCACAUGUUAUGCAAUGCUGACACACCAUAUUAAUUGAUUUUACCAGGCUGUCAGAUGAAAGGCAAUAUAAGGAAUAUAAUUGACAUUAUAGAAUAUCUGGAGGUCAGGAAUGAAAAACAAGCGGCGCUGGUGUUUAUAGAUGCAGAGAAGGCCUUUGACAACAUUUCAUGGUUAUUUAUGAAAAAAACACACAAUGGAAAUGAUAAAUUUUGGAGAAUCAUUCUGUAGAGGAAUUGACGCAGUUUAUUCAGACCAACAGGCCAUGCUGAUUGUGAAUAACAUGACAACUGAAAAAUGUAAAAUAACGAAGGGUACAAGACAAUUCACUAACAGAACAAUUCUAUAUAUGUAUUAUGUCAGGACCAGGAGAUACACUGACAGAAUUACCACCAUAUCCUGUUUAUGGAAGGAAGGGGGAAGGCACCCAACCGGAACGUUUUGUGUUUUUAUGCUGUGAAUGACCCUUUAAUCUUUGGAUGAAGGGUGGUAUGUAAUAAAGAAAAACAGGAAAACAGCACCCUCUGCAUCCCUGGGCAUGCUGCCAUACCCUACCAAUCAGGAAUUGCGCUGGCGACGCUGUCCACAUGCCCCCCAAACACGGAAGCAAUCAUUCAAUGGAUGAUGAUUGGGAAGACCCUUUACUGAUAAACACAUAGAAUAAUAAAAUUGUGGAAGGGACCCUGAGCAUCAUCUAGUCCAGGGGUUGUCAACCUGAGCCCUACUGCCCACUAGUGGGUGUUUCAGGAUUCUAGGUGGGCACUAGAGGGUUCUAUGGCACAAGCUCAAUCCUUCCAUCGAGCACUGGUGGGCGGUAAGGAAAUUUUACCAUCCAAAAAGAUGCAUUAGUGGGUGGUAGGUAUAAAAAGGUUGUCUACCCCUGAUCUAGUCCAGCCCCCUGCAAUGUAGGAAUAUGCAGCUGUCCCAUAUGGGGAUCGAACCUGCAACCUUGGCGUUAUCAGCACCAUGCUCUAGUCAUCUGAGCUAUCCAGGUGAUCAUAAUAAUACGAAAACCCAUUUAUAGAUAAGCAUCUGUGUUGGGCAGUGGCUUGAUAUAUAGUAGGGUAGCAGGUACAAGUGUCCCUAUAUGGCACUAGCUUCAUGCUAGGAAUGCAUUCACUCCUUGCAUAACUGUCUGCCAUGGAGAUUCCAAGGACUCAGAAUCCUGUCUAGAGCAAGUAGGUUAACAACCCUACAGAGGACUAUCUGGGAGCAUCCUGGCCAUUGCUGCCUCUAGGGGUCCUACUUUGGCUCCCAAGGCUCUUUAUCCCCAAAUCACACCCACCUGCCCCACCCCCAAUAUUGUAUGUCACAUCACGGGUGAGGCAGGUAAAUGCCAGCCUGUCAUCACAUUGAAGUCCAUUUCCAAGCGGCAAAGUCAAAGGGAGGGAAAUUUCUUGCAUCAGGUCUUGUGUUGCUGUGAAGUUGCACUACUGAUGGUGUGUAGGAAUAUGUAAUAAGUCAUAAAUAUGCUCUUGUACUGUGCCACUGACACCCUGCCUAUAUAAGUGCUGGAAUAUACUGAGAGUCAGUGUGGUCAGUUGGUUAGAGUGUUAGACUAUGAUUUGGGAGACCAGGUUUCAAAUCCCUGCUCAUCCAUGAAGCUCACUGGGUGACAGUGGACCAGGCUCCAUCAGUCAUUGCAUUAAGGCUCUUCAAUGCUGACCAGCGUAUUGAGUAUUCAUUCAUUCUGACUGGUUUGUGAGAAGGUUAUAAGGCAUUACAUCAGGCAACCUUCAUCCCACACUUUCCAUUGCAUUUUCCUGUUACUUCGCUUAUCACAAAAAACCCGACUUUUUUGAAGGGGUGGGUGGGGAGUGGGCUUGUUGUGCAAGAACACCAAAUCAACUUGAAUUGCAGAGCCUGAACUUUUCGAUAUGUGAUUGUAUCACACCUCAGAAUAGCAACAGUCCAGAAUAGCCCAUUGUCUCUCAAAAGCCAAGUCAUGUGCGCUGGACCAGGAAAUGAACUUUUUAUAGCAUGAGCCUCUGCUCUGAUUUAUUAAUUGAAGUAGGUCAAGCAAGAAUAGAAACAAUUAUUGAAACUUGGCACCUGGGAAUCCAACCAAAUUCUUAGUGGAUGUAAGUAAACUAGAGUCAGUGAAUCUAAGAGAGAAGUUAUACCAUUUGAAAUCUGGUCUGUCAUCUUCAGACUUUUUCCAAAACAAAACAAAAAACAGAAUAAUAACUAUUUCUUCUGUAAAUGUAAAGGCUGUAACUUGGAUGUCAUAGCCAAUCAGGGGUCAGUGACUGGAACUGGAACACAGGAUAACCAGCUUCCUCUUCCUGCCCUUCCCAGAAAUGACUGGUGACUUUUUAGUGCUUAGAGCAGCAGAUGAUGCUCUUCACACAGCCCAAGGUUGGUAAAAAACCAGUGAAAUAAGCAAAGUGAUUUGAUGGCUUGCUUGCCCUGUAAUGGCAUGCAAAAUCUCCCACCUGAAGAAUGCUGCUCACACUUCCUGCUGGUAAAACCAACCCUGACAGCUCUCUUCUAAUCUUAAAGAGGGAUUUCCCUCUUCCCUCGCUUCAGCUGCUGAUUGUCAUCAUACCUGGUUAAGGGCCAGCAAAUUGUGGUGAAGGUUAUUUCUAAACUCAGAACCUGUCACUCAACAAACUCCAGAUCCCUAAACCAUGUCUAGUGGCUAUAUAACUCCAAGAGCAUAUAUUAUAUUUGCUAAUGUUGGAAGAGUUGAUGAGACUCUUAGUUCAUAAUAGCAUAAUAGCCUCAUUGCAGGCUGUCAUUCACUUUCCUCAUGCAAGAAUUAAGAAACCCAUAAUCCAUGUGACUUAUGUUGUGACAAGCGCUGCUAUAAUAAUUGGAUGACUGUCUAGACAUAGACAGGAGGCUGUUUUGGUAUGGUAUGUUGGCAGUCAAAAUUCUGCCGACAUGGAAAGUUCUAAUUGUUGAGUGUGUGUGUUACCUACCCUGAAGAAUGGUCACUCUGAGUGGCUUAAACUGGAGUUCCUUUAUUCUAUACUGAACUCAUUCAUUCAUUCAUUCAAUCAUUUAGCAUUUGCAUUAUUUUUACUUAUUUUUGUAGAAGUAAUUUUCUGAAGACUGGCACAAUAUAGCCUCUGAAAAUCUGUGAUUGUAAUGAUCACAUUGUGGCUGAUCAAUUUCAUGUUGCUAUAGCAGAUUACUCCCCCACCCCCAAUGUAACUAGGUGGCAUUUGUCAGUGAUGUGGGACGUUGUGCAGGUUUCUUCUGAAACUAAUGUGUUUGAAGCUUCAGGAUCAAUGUCUUAUAUAGAGACGGUGACAUCAGCGAUGGAAGAGACAUUAACAGAACAAUCCUGCACAUGUUUACUCACAUGUUAACCCCAUUGAGCUCAAUGUCCUAUGUGUGUUUACAUGGGCAUGCACUGAAUUCAUGUGUAUAGAAUUGCAGGGGUUCAGCACAUUCUUAUGCAUGUUUACUUGGAAGUGAGUCACAAUGUGUUCAUUGGGGUUAACCCCUAGUGCAUAGUAUCAGAAUCUUACAAUACAGAAAUUGGAACAUUCCAUUGUCAAAGGUACACUGGUAUUAUUAUUAUUAUUAGUAGUAGUAGUAGUAGUAGUAGUAGUAUACCGCCCUAUACCCUUAGGUCUCAGGGCGGUUCACAACAUGAAAUCACAAUAUAAAACACAAAAUACAUAAUAAAAACAAAAACAACCCAAUAAUCCCCCUCAACACAUUUUAAAAGGGCAUUAGAUGCCAAUCAGCUAAAGGCCUGGUUAAAGAGGAAUGUUUUUGCCAGGCCCCUAAAGGUGUGUACAGUGGUACCUCGGGUUCCAGACAUUCAGGUUACAGAUGCUUCAGGUUACAGACUCUGCUAACCCAGAAAUAGUACCUCGGGUUAAGAACUUUGCUUCAGGAUGAGAACAGAAAGUAUGCUCUGGUGGUGCGGCAGCAGCGGGAGGCCCCAUUAGCUAAAGUGGUGCUUCAGGUUAAGAACAGUUUCAGGUUAAGAACGGACCUCCAGAACAAAUUAAGUUCUUAACCCGAGGUACCACUGUAAUGAAGGCGCCAGCCAAACCUCCCUGAGCCUCCACAAAUGGGCCCAUUCUGGGUGGCCGCCGUCUGGAUCUCUCAAGGAGGAGGCACACAAAGAAGGACCUCAGAGGAUGAUCUCAGGGUCCAGAUUGGCUCAUAUGGAAAGAGGCGGUCCUUGAGGUAUUGCGGUCCUGAGCCAUUUAGAAUGAAUGAAACAGGGCAAAGUCACGGGCAGGAUGGAGACAGCACAAAGAAGGGGCAUAACUGGCACCACAUCUCACCCUUUUAAUCCACACAGAUGCCCCUGUUGAUGCCUUAAUCUUGCACCAGCCCUAGGCCUGGUGCAAAAAAAAAAAAAAAAUCCCUCCUAUUGACUUUGGUGGGGGGGGGGGGAAUUGUAUCCAUGAUAGCCCUGCCACAUCACCAUGACAGAGCAUAGGAUAUAGUGUAACUCACCCUUCAACAACAUGGUGCCCUUGGUAUCUUUGGACUGCAAUCCCCAUCAACCCCAGCCAACAUGACCAAUGAUUGGGGGUGAUGGAAGCUGCAGUCCAGCAAAACCAGGAGAACAUCAGGAGGUAGCUCCACUCAUAACCACAUCAUGCUACCACCAGAAUAUAAACCUGUCACUGGUAGACCAUGGCCAUAUCCGCACCAUACAUUGAAAGCACUCACCUACCACUUUAAUAGUCCUGUGAUUCCAAAUCUAGCCUGGUCAGGUGCAACAUGCUCUCCUUCUAUCUCACAAAACAACUGAGCAUCCAAGUCCAGGGACCGUGUGUUUCAGCUGUUUGCUGUUGUUCAUUAUUCUCUCUCUGUCUCCCUUUGCAUUCCACAGGCCACUCUCCCACAGGGGCAGGAUCUGCCCUACACCCCCUUUCUGUGCUGACCACAAGGGAGACCCACCCCAUGACAAGUAGCGGUGACCUCGGGGGGGGGGGUUGUGACCUACCUGCUCCUGGUAGGCUCCUGCACCCUUGAAAAUCUCUUUAUGACAGGCAGUUAUGCAACAGGUGAAGGUGUUCCUAGCAUGGAGCUUGUGCUAAAAAUGGACCUGCUGUCUGUUGAGCACGGAAAUCCUGCUGGGGCAACUGGUUGGCAACUCUCCCUGUGUAUCUUUCUGGUUCACAAUCUUCUCCAACCUGGAUACUGUUCAAUAAAGGCAUUGGCAAUGUCGCCUGCAUUGUUUCGUUGACAGAUCACUAUCUCCCACCCCCUCCUUGUGUGACCUAGUUCCAGCUAGACUCUAGGUGGGGCUUUUGAUGGGCUCCAUGGCUCCUCCACCUCCUCCACUCUGUUUACUCAGGUUUCCUAAACUGGGAUGGAGGCUACCUAGUUUCAGGCCUACCUACUUUCAGGCUACCUAGGUGAAAUGGGGAAGAGCCUCCACCGGGUGUCUUCUUCUUCUUUGGUGACCACUCAUAGCUGGAUAAGACAGCCUUCCAUGAAUAUGGUCUUAACAGUCUUCCUGUAGGUGACUGUGGAGGCGAGUUCUGGAUCCACACGUCCUUCCACAGUGGGGACAUAGGUUUCUGGGCAGGAAUUGAUCACAGUGAGGGUUUGCCAAACAUGCCUUCCUGUUAGCUCGUUUCCGCCUUUCGUCCUGAGUUUGUGCUUCUUCAAAGUUCACAACGCCUUUGGUGAAGGCUCUUCUCCAAUUGCAGCGCUCACAGACUAGUGAUUCCCAGUUGUCGGUGUUUAAACUACAUUUUUUAAAAAAUAUUUGCCUCGAGAGCAUCUUUAAACCUCUUUUGUUGCCCACCGGCAUAAUGCUUACCAUUCUUAAGUUUGGAACAGAGUAUUGCUUUGGAAGACUGAAUCAGGCAUCCGAACAACAUGAUAUGGGAUAAGGCAGUCAGCUGCAGGUGAAGGGGUGGAGAGCAUAGGAGCCAAUUCCUAGGGGCUGAGGUCCCUUCACCCCCAAUAAAAUAUUUGAGGGGGUCAGGGUCCGUCCCCCCCAAAAUUGAUGGACAUUGCAUUCAAAUGGUGUGGGUACACCACAUCAUAUGAUUAAUUAUGUGGUGUGGGGCUUACCUGGGCACCACCCAAUAUUUUAUUCAAAUCAGUGCCUUUGCUGAGCACUGGAGACAAUACAGGUUUCUUUUACCGCAUCUAAAACCAAACCAAAACCUGGAAAACAUUAUUUUAUAUAUAUUUCAAACAGAUACGGAAUCAUACAGCAGAAAGAGGGAGGACAUGGAUACAUAAUAAUACAGAGAGCCUCUUUUGCAUUGAAAAUAGGACAAUAAAACUCCUCAAGCCAUUUAGUCACAGCCCUUGAUCAUAAUUCAUUUGCAUGGGCUAAUUUCAUUUUAGAAAACAUUUAGUCCUUGUCACAGUGAUCAACAUUAAAUAUGAUGUCGUGUCAAAACAGCUGACAUGCAAAUUGUAUGCCUGUCAGCAUUUCACAAUAAGCAUGAAGUCAGCUGCACACACGCACCUCAUCUCCUGCAUCCCAUACGACUGGAGACCCCAAAGCACUGCUUCCUCCUCCUCCUCCUCUUGCAGCCUCUAUUGGACCAAGUUCUUUUGGUGUGGGAUUAGACCAGCAUACUGGAGAUUUAGUACAUAUAGCCUGCACUCUUUCCUUCAACAAUGCACUGUUGUUUCAGGGGAGGGGUUUUUAACCUUUCCCCCAUGAUGCAGUCCUAAUCAAAACUGUCUCCUUAUUAUGGAAACUUCAACCAAGGGCUAACAGCAGCUUCUGUUGGCAUAGUCUGACCCCUUCCUUCGGUAAUCCUCACAGAACUCUAGCCAAAUGGUUGCCAUUAAUUUGAUUUUGAAUUGAUUUUAGAAUGAAUUGAUUUUAGAAUACAGUUCAAUUAAUUGAUUGUGAUUUUAUGUAAACUGUGUUACUUUUAUUGUUGUUAGCCGCUUUGAGCCCAGCUUCAGCUGGGGAGGGCGGGAUAUAAAUAAAAUUAUUAUUAUUAUUAUUAUUAUUAUUAUUAUUAUUAUUAUUAUUAUUGCCAGCUCCUAGUGGCAGCUGAGGUUCCUUCACCUCCCCCAUAAAAUAUUUGAGGCCCCCACCCAAGUUGAUGGGCAUUGCUACUUAAAUGGUGUGUGUGCAUCACCUCUUGUGAUCAAUUAUGUGGGGUGGGGCUUAUCUACCCCCCUUUUUUUAUUCAAGUUGGCACCCUUGGUAGCUUCUUUUGUUUUUGUGCGGGGGGGGGGCAACGAAAGUGGCAUGCUAAUAAGGUUAAACACCCUUCCCUGUGUGCUGUGUUCCCAGUCUUAGUAGCAGUAAUAGUAGUUAAAGUAUCAAUGAAAACCCCUUUCACAAUGUAAUCAUCAUACAGUUAUAAUACAGUAACAAACACACCGAAACUCAUAUUCUCUCAAUGGUUUGCAUGUUAAAGAACAGAGAUCAUGAUCAAAGGAAAUGGAGUCUGUUAACAAUUUCUAUGAAAAGAGAAUUAAACAUAUGAGCUGGCUUGGAUUAUUUACUUCUAUAAAUCCCAAUUAUGAUCCUACUCUGGGGCCAAGGUUGCUGACAGAUGAAUGUAUGUUUAAGUGAAUAUGAAGAAUGAAGGGGAUACAUGUUCUUGAAAAAAGCUGGAAGUAAUAGCUAUGCUCAUUUAUAAUGGUUUUUACUUAUUGCUGGUUUUAACUUGGCUAGGAACCAUGAUUGAGGGAUGUGCUAGAAAUCUUAUCAGAAAGACCCAAACUUUUGUACACAUUAUUUGGCUAGAGAACUGCACUGCAAAAUUUGGAAAAUUGUGGAAUUUGAAGGAUGGCUGUGUUUUAGUUCGUGCAUUUUUGGGGAGGAAGCGUGAAUUAGGUAGGUUUGCCUUUAAAUGUAAAUUCAGUUGGAUUUCUCCCCUAUCCCUUCCUGCGGCCUUCCAGAUGUUGUUGGACUCCCAUCAGCUCCAACCAGCAUGGUCAAUGUCAGGGAUGUUGGGAGCUGGAUCCCUGUAGCAUCUGGAGGGCUUCAGAUUUUCCAUCCCUGCUGUAGACGUAUCACUAUAUUUUUGCCACUUGUAGCAAACUGCACUGCAAUUAAAACAUUUUGCUCUGUGUCACCAUACUGUAUUGCACAAAUAUGUAUUAUGCUGAAAGAGACAUCUGAUUUACCACGCUGAAAAGUGCAUUUCAUUAAAAGUGUUUUCGAUGUAUUAAAUGUGGCUUUAGUUUUGUGUUGUUGUUGGAACCAGCGCAACCUCUGGUUUCACAAAUGAAAUGGUUUGAGAAUGGGGGUUACCUUUCUUAAUUGGGUGUCUGCACAGAACAGUGGAGAGUUUUUCUAUUUUCUAGCUUCUUCCAAAAUGCAGACCAACUCAAAUCUCAUAUUCCGUGCCUAUUACAAAUCUCCCUGCACAAAAAAUGUGAACCAGUGACUAGCUGGUUUUUCAUAUCCUUAAUAACAUCAUUUGUGAAACUGAAGUUGGCUUUCCAAACAUGGCAGGUAUGUAAUACGUGAUACCCUUGCGAUCUUUGUGAACAUUAAUUUCCCCCCUUUUGUUUAAAGGAAAAUUUAAAUUUGAGAAAAAAAGCGUUAUCUCCUAAACUCAUUCCGUUCCCAUCUCUUCUUUUGCCUCUCCCAGACCAAGAUGAGAGAGCUGCAGAACUGAGCAGAGAGCAAAAUGAGAAAACCAUUCGCAGUACCCAGACAGCCCUCCGAAACUUCAGGGAGUUUCUCAUCUCUAAGUAUCCCUCGGAAACCCGGGAGAUCUACAUCAUUCCUUGCAAAGAGCUGGAUGCUUACUUAGCAUCGUUCUUUGUCGAUGCCCGGCAGAAGGAUGGUUCGGAAUACGAGCCAAAUAGUUUGGCCAAUUACCAAUGUGGGCUGGAGAGGUAUCUCAAGGAGCACCGAUACGGAUACAGCAUUACCAGGGACAAGGAAUUCAAGAGGUCUCAAGAAGCCCUGAAGCAGAAGCAGAUAGAGCUGAGGUGCAAAGGGAAAGGCAACAAGCCACACAAGUCCAUGAAGCUUACCUUUGCAGAUGAGCUUAUCUUACGCAAGAGAGGCCUACUGAGCCGAUACAACCCCGAGGGACUGCUGAACCUCGUCUGGCUUAACAACACCAAGGCGUUUGGCCAUUGUACCGGCUUCCACGGCUCCACCCUCAAAUGGGGGGACAUUAGGCUUCGGGUGACAGAGACAGGGCUGGAAUAUUUGGAAUGGAUGGGUCAAGACAGCGGCGAUGGGAGCACCAAAACCAAGAGGACGAGCACGGACUCCAGAGUGUACGCAACACAACAUGCUCCACAGACCUGCCCCGUGCAAGACUACAAGGAGUACGCACAAAGGCGCCCCCCUGCAAUGCGAUAUGAGGACGCUCCCUUCUACUUGUCCAUCAAGCCAGUUGUUAACCUAGCUGCACUUCAUUGGUACAAUUGCCAAGCCCUAGGUAAAAAUAAGCUGGCCAAGAUGGUCAAGACGAUGUGCGAGAAGGGGAACAUCCCUGGUAGGAAGACCAACUUCAGCGUGUACCAGAGCUGCAGCACACUCUCCGAAGCUCAAAGCAACCAGCUGGUUCUGAUUUGCAACAACUUAAGCCAGCAGGCUGCUCAGUCCAUGGCGAACCAUUCCGGCUCUGGCAACUUCAUCGUGUCUGCAUCUUAUGACUCUUCUUCAGACACGGCUUGA